CAACAUUUGCUAAUGGACAUGUUUUCCAAAAGAAAAGUGAAAAGUAGGAGUCUGGCCACUAUAAAUCUAUAAUGAUAAUGAUAAAGAAAGGCUACAAAGUUGUCGCCGCCAUUGAACGGUGCCUGUAAACCGGAGAAGUGCAGUCAUGGAUAUUUGUAUGUAUUACUCGCUUUACAUGUAAUAAAUUGAUAUAUGCAUAUAUGAAUUGAAGAAGAAUUGUCUCCUAUCACCCCUUAAUUCAAAUUCCAGACCUAAUCCCGUGGUUCAUUCUGCAAGAUCAUAGCAAAAUUGCACAGUUUGUUUUACUCUGAACCUCGCUAGCUAUCAUAUAUGGCUCCUCCAUAUUCGAUGGUUUCCAGACAGCAAUCGCGACUCCGAACCUUAACCCUAACCUUUAUUCCGGGCCUUCCUAACGAUUUAGCGGCCUUCAUUUUAUUAUUCGUCCCUUACUCUCAUCAUUCGCGAUUGAAAUCCGUAUGUAAAUCCUGGAGACUACUCUUCUCAUCGAAAACCAUAAUCUCUCUACGCAACAAGCUUCUUUCACCCCUUAGACUCUCCCAUCUACUCUGUAUAUUCCCGGAAGAUCCUUCAAUCACCUCUCCAUGUCUAUUUGAUCCCCAAAAUCUCGCCUGGUCCUUACUGCCGCCCUUGCCAUGCAACCCCCAUGGCUAUGGUCUCUGCAAUUUCACAUCAAUAUCGGUCGGGUCCCACUUGUAUUUACUCGGCGGUUCUCUUUUUGAUACCCGUUCUUUCCCUCUCGACACCCCAUCCCCAUCCUCUUCUGCAUUUCGGUUUGACUUUGCCUCUUCGACCUGGGAAUCUCUCUCCCCCAUGAUCACACCCAGGGGUAGCUUUGCUUGUGCUGCCAUCCCAAAUUCUAAUAAGAUUCUUGUUGCGGGUGGAGGUUCUCGACACACUGUGUUUGGGGCUGCUGGAAGUAUUGUGAGUUCUGUGGAGAUGUAUGAUAUUGGAAAGGAUGAGUGGGUCCAGUUGGACGGAUUGCCAGGGUUCCGUGCAGGAUGUGUCGGAUUCUUUGUGGGCCAUGGGGAGGAGGAUAGAGAGUUCUGGGUAAUGGGUGGAUAUGGAAAUUCAAGAACAAUCUCAAAUGUCCUUCCUGUGGAUCAAUACUACAAGGAUGUUCUCGUGAUGGAGCUGCAGAAUGGUAGUGGGAAGUGGAAAGAGAUUGGGGAUAUGUGGGAAGAAGGAGAGAGGAGGAGGCUUGGGAAGAUUGUGGCUGUUGUUGAUGAGCGUGAUGCCCCUGCUGUUUUUAUGCUGGAGAAAAGUAAUAUUUUCAGGUACCAUAGUAGUCCAAACCGGUGGCUGAAGGAAACAAGUCUACCCAAAAAAAGCGCUGAUGAUAGACCAGUUGGGUUUGUUGCUUUGGAUGGCGAGUUGUAUGUGAUGACCAUUAUUAAUGGGACUAGUGCCUCCGCGCAUAGUUCAAGGCACCAUAAAAGAUCACCCACUUUAUUGGCUCAAAUAUAUGAUUCAAAGAAGAAAUUCUGGAGAUCAUCCUCUUCGAAACUGCCCUUUCACCAUUCAUUGGAUUUCAGCACUGCCAUUCUAUGCUCAAUCCGAUUGUAGACUACACUUGGCUUUCAUCGCUGUUGUGACUUAUGAUGUAUAUUAUCGGAAAGUGAAGGACCUGUUUUACUGGUUGUUCUUGAUACCUGUAAGCGUGUAUAUCAUAUGUGUAUAUACUUUGUAGUGCAUAGCUUUGUGACCGUGAAUAAUGAAAUAAAUAGUUUUGUUACUAGAGUGUAUCAGGAGAUAAUUUUAAAAGAAGGGCGGCUAAACAAUAUUGUUUCCGUACAAGUACACUUGAAAAGACAAACAUGAUUAUUUUGUACAUUAUGUCAUUUUUGAAAUCUUCUACAUGAUUGUUCAUAUAUAAAGGAUGUCGUUUUCUUUUA